UUUUUGUUAAAAAGUUUUGUGUUAAAUCUCUGUUCAUGAACUGUUAAAUAUGUAUAAGAAUAUAUCAGUUGCCUUAAAGGCGCUGGGACUGGAAACCACUAAUUCAGAAUUAAACAAAGCUAUCCACAAUAAUGUUGUACCAUUAUUGGAUAAACCAAAUGGUCUUCAAGAGGCUAUCAAAGUGUUAUCUGAGUACGUCCUCAGGUUUGAGGAUGCACACUUGUUUAGAAAAUACUUAUCAAACAUUCUUCUGGCAUUAGUAUCAACUAAAAUUCCUCUAAAACCAGUGUUUUCGAACUUGAACUUUAGCACUUGCACAGAUGCUGAGAAGAGCAAUCACUUGGAAUAUUGUAUUGCUUUGGCACUAUUGAGUGAACACCCUGAUGUUUUACAGUAUGCUCUCAAAUACUUCGAAAUCAAUUCAGCAGCACCAUUCGAAGUGUUCAUCCACCACGAGGACUCUUACAAUGUGGCUCCAAAGAAGCGAAGACUGCUGGACUUUAGGCAAAAGAUUACGGACUACCAUAUUGUUCAAUGCUGCUACAGUUUGCUCCGAAAACUGCCCAAUGAGUUUGCUGCUAAAUGGGACUGGACAGUAUUUGUGACAAACUUCAGCUGUCAUGAGAAUGAUGAGAUCAGAUGGAUGGUAAAAGAAUGCAUGGUCAUUCUUACGAACAUGACUGAACAACAAUCAAAAGUGCUGUCUACAAGCCUGAACGUCACUGCUCAAGACACCAAACAGGCGUAUAUUAUUGACGCUGACCUGAAGGACUGCAGUGUGGUGAACAUUGAUGGCAUCAUGCUUCCUUUGUUUGAUAAGAGUAAUGUGCAGAGUAGUAACUUGGUGCCUGUCAAAUCGACAGUGAAUAAUUUGAGAAGUCUGGCUUUGGCUGUUGCCUCAGGCAAAGCUGUUUCUCUCCUGGGCCCAGUGGGUUCAGGCAAGACAUGCCUAGUGGAGCAUCUAGCAGCCAUAACUGGCCGGAAAGGGGUUGCGUUUAAGAAAGUGCAGCUCGGAGAUCAGACAGAUUCGAGGAUGUUGCUGGGCUCUCACCAUUGCACUGAUGUACCGGGAGAAUUCGUGUGGAGACCAGGUGUUUUGACUGAGGCAGUACAAAAUGGUCACUGGUUGCUGUUAGAAGAUAUCGACAGCGCCGCUCUAGACGUGGCUUCGACGCUGAGCUCCCUGCUUGAAAGAAAUGCACUUUGUGUCCCUGGCUAUAGAGACUCUUUGCCGAUCACACCAGGAUUUCAGCUCUUUGUCACACAAAGGACUGUCAACACAAACUACGGAUUCCAAAAGAAAAUCUCUAAUUCCAGUACACUACUCCAGAAGCACUUAACCCAAAUAAACGUCGAGCCUCUCUCAAGAUCAGAGCUCGCAGAAAUCGUAAACAAACUCUACCCGAGUCUCUCAACAAUCUGCUCAAGAAUGAUAGAAGUGUUCAUGAUGUUCUCAGUAGGAAGCCAUGACACUUCCUUACAAACAACCGAAAAUGUGAAUCCUGAGAAAGAUACAAGUAUCACGGUCAUGAGAGGGUCAAGACUUAUUUCCACUAGGGACUUAAUAAAGUGGUGCUCCAGAUCCGUCGUAGGUUUCGACGUUUCGAGCCCUGAGUCGGCUCUAAAGGUUCUCCAAGAUGCCAUAGAUAUUUUCACUUGCUCAAUAGCGUCUCCAGAUCAUAGACUAGAACUAGCCAAGAAGGUCGGCACCUGUUUAGGCAUAAUUGAGACUAAAUCCGAAUUUUAUUGCAACCAUCACAAACCAAAUGUGUCUUUGCAUCCUAAUGCCUUAGAAGCGGGAAGAGCGAAAGUCACAAGAAAGGAAAAGACUCUAGAAUCUGUUGAUUUUGAUAAUAAACAAGUAGUAUUUUCUUUCACUCGUCAGUCAGCUUGCUUGCUAGAAAGAAUCGCGUGUUGUGUGACAUCGAAUGAGCCAGUAUUAUUAGUUGGAGAGACAGGUACCGGCAAGACAUCGUCUGUCCAAUAUUUAGCCAGGCAAACGGGGCACAAACUCGUAGUAAUCAAUAUGAACCAGCAGUCGGAUUCCGCUGACUUACUCGGCGGCUACAAACCGGUUGAUUUAAAAUAUGUUAUUCGACCAAUCAGAAACGAGUUCGAAGAGUUAUUCCGAAGUUACUACAAUGUUGAAAAGAAUAAAAAGUUCUUAUCGCAUAUAGACACUUGUUAUAAGAGCGAAAGCUGGACGGCUUUACUCGCGUUAAUGAAACAGAGUCACAAGUCAGCUAUAACUAGACUCACUAAUGAAAAAAGCGAGAAAAAACUGAAAAAAUGGCUGGCAUUUGGUCAUAAACUCGCGAAAUUAGACCAGCAAGUUAAAGCGGCUUCGAAACUAACUUUCGCUUUUAUCGAAGGCUCGCUAGUCAAAGCUAUGCAGGAGGGUCAUUGGGUGUUGUUGGAUGAAAUAAAUUUGGCUUCCGCUGAGAUUUUAGAAUGCUUAGCCGGUCUUUUAGAAGACAAAAACGAGACCAUUGAUUUGAUAGAGAAGGGUGACAAAGUCCCCAUAAAAAGACAUCCAGAUUUCACUCUAUUCGCGUGCAUGAAUCCAGCUACAGAUGUGGGCAAGAAAGAUCUGCCCGUUGGUCUAAGGAAUCGAUUCACAGAGUUCUUUAUAGACGAGUUGACAGAGAGGAAUGAUUUGAUGCUGCUUAUAGGGGAUUACUUGUAUCACAUGAAUCUUAGUGGUCCAAUGCUGGAAGGGAUAUACAACUUCUACUCUACAGUAAGAAAGGAAGCGAAGUUAAACCUUGUAGAUGGCGCAGGUAAUGCACCUCACUACUCAUUAAGAACGCUGUGCAGAGCCCUAACGGCGGCAGCUAGAGCUAAAUGCGGAACAGUGACUAGAUCUCUAUACGAAGCUUUCUGUCUGUCUUUCCUUACUCAGUUGGACAGCUCUUCCCACCCUAAAGUGGAAGCCAUGGUUGCCAAGGCUGUGAUCGGCAAGAAGAAUAUCAGCUCAGUGCUAAAUCAACUUAUACCAGAACCACAAAUCCCAGGGAAAAACUAUUUGCUUUUCGAAGGACAUUGGAUUCCACAGGGAAAACUGGAUAUAGCUAUUCCCGAUGGCUACAUUUUAACUCCCACGGUCAGGAAGAAUCUCCGCGAUAUAGCCAGAAUCGUGUCGUUAGGCAAACUACCUGUUCUGUUACAGGGAGAUACGUCUGUUGGAAAAACCUCGCUUAUUACAUAUAUCGCUAAAGCGUCCGGCAACUUUUGCGUAAGGAUAAACAACCACGAGCAUACCGACCUACAAGAGUACAUAGGGUCUUAUGCAACUGACGCUAGCGGGAAGCUAGUGUUCAAAGAAGGUGUACUAGUCGAAGCAAUGAGGAAAGGACAUUGGAUUAUUCUUGAUGAACUCAAUCUGGCACCAAGUGACGUUCUAGAAGCUCUCAACCGUGUCCUAGAUGACAACCGAGAGCUGUUCAUACCAGAAACACAACAAGUCGUCAAAGCUGACCCCAACUUUAUGUUGUUCGCGACGCAAAAUCCUCCCGGAUUAUACGGAGGACGAAAAAUGCUCUCAAGAGCGUUUAGAAACAGAUUCGUUGAGUUGCACUUUGAUGAAAUUCCAAGAAAAGAAUUGGAAACAAUUUUGCAUCAAAGAUGCCAUAUUCCUCCGACGUAUAGUAAAAAGAUGAUUGCUGUUAUGGCGGAACUGCAAAUAAGACGUCGAGGAUCAGCAGCCGUACAAGGCAAAGACGGCUUCAUUACUCUGAGAGAUCUGUUCAGAUGGGGCCAGAGAUACAAGCUUGCUUCUAAGGAGAUUCUAACCGAAGAUAAAUUUUACGAUUGGGACCAACACAUAGCAGAUGAAGGAUACCUUGUUUUAGCUGGUAAAGUAAGACAGGCAGAUGAAAGGGGAAUCAUUGAAGAAGUUAUAGAAAAACAUAUAAAGAGGAAGGUGUGUCCAGAUAAUCUUUUCACCCUUCACCAAACAACAUCCCCUGUAACUAAAAACAUUCUAGAAAUCAUUAUAAAUAAUCAACUGCAGGAGUUCUCCCACGUAGUUUGGACGUACAAUAUGAGGAGACUAGCAGUUUUGAUCGCAAAAGCCUUCACGUUUGACGAGCCCGUGUUAUUAGUUGGAGAAACUGGUUGUGGUAAAACCACAAUAUGCCAAGUCUUGGCUACAUUGAGAAAAACACAACUGUUGUCAGUCAAUUGUCACAUGCACACGGAGAGUUCAGACUUCUUAGGAGGUCUACGCCCUGUACGUCAAUACAAGAACGACGGCAGACUAUUCGAAUGGGUUGACGGCCCGUUGAUAAACGCAAUGGAAAACGGCCAAAUGUUUCUAGCUGACGAAAUUUCCUUAGCCGACGACAGUGUCUUAGAAAGAAUGAACUCUCUGCUUGAACCUGAAAGACAGCUUGUCUUGGCUGAAAGAGGAAUGGAGGAUAACUCCGAAAUAGUAGUCAUCACAGCCAAAAAGAACUUCCAUUUCGUCGGAACUAUGAACCCUGGAGGGGAUUUCGGUAAGAAGGAGCUUUCACCUGCACUUCGCAACCGAUUCACUGAAAUUUGGUGCGACAGCGUGUCUUCCAGAGAAGACUUACUAAGCGUCCUGGAGAAAAGCGUGAACAAAGGCAUUUCCCUGGGCAAUCAGGAAGACGGUAGCACAGGGAUCGGUAACUCUAUAUUGGACUUUACAGACUGGUUGAAAAACUCAGAGGUUACCAAUAAAUUCCCGUUCAGUUUGCGUGACCUGCUAGCUUGGGUUCAAUUUAUUAAUGUGACCGUUGCUAAGGGCCUCCUCGACACCCCUGAAGCGUAUGUUCACGGCGCGUGUAUGACAUUCCUGGACUGCUUCGGCACUGCUCUGACUGGGCAUAUAGAGUCAGAAACUUUAUACGUACUACGCAAAACGGCUAUAGAUUUCUUGCUGAACCAAAUACAGGCAGUUGGAAAUGAAUAUAUCGAGGGUCUGAGAGAAAUGCUAAGUAAUAAGCAGACAAAGUUCACCGCAGAAUCUGAUGAUAAGAAAUUUGGAAUACGGCCGUUUUAUAUCGAAUUAGGAGAGAAUUUCAGCAUAGCCGAUGAGGACCAGAAGUUCACAUUCACAGCUCCGACUACGGGAUCGAAUACGCUAAGAUUGUUGAGAGGCAUGCAGCUCAAUAAAGCCAUCCUUUUGGAAGGUAACCCGGGCGUAGGCAAAACUAGCUUAGUAACAGCCCUGGCUAAAUCUUCAGGACAUAAGGUUGUUCGCAUCAAUCUUAGUGAUCAAACUGAUAUAACAGACUUAUUUGGUACUGACCUCCCGACAGAAGAUGGAUCAUUUACAUUCAAAGAAGGAGCAUUCCUGAGCGCUUUGCAAAAUGGUGAUUGGAUCCUGCUGGAUGAAUUGAAUUUAGCUCCUCAACCAGUAUUAGAAGGUUUAAACGCCUGUCUUGAUCACCGAGGUGAAGUGUUUAUUUCAGAGUUGGGAAAAACAUUUAAAGUGAAAGCUGAGACGAAAUUAUUCGCUUGUCAAAACCCUCUAAAGCAAGGCGGCGCCCGCCGUGGCUUACCUGUAUCCUUCCUAAACAGAUUCACCCAAGUAUACAUCGACACAUUGACCAAGGAAGACCUUAUUUACAUUGUUGAGUCCCAAUACCCAAGCUUACCCAAAGACAUCUUGCAUAUGGUUGUCCAAUUCAACUGCAAAAUUGCUCACGAGAUCACUGAGCUCCAAUCAUGGGCACAUAGAGGCGGUCCUUGGGAAAUGAACUUGAGAGACAUCCAGAGGUGGUGCGAAGCUCUUAUUGAAGAACAAAAUAACGGCAACGAUCCACUGCCAGGCAAAUUUGUCGACAUGCUCUAUGUGAACCGCAUGAGAACUAUUGAAGACAAAGAGAGAAUGAUACAAUGUUAUGACGAGUUCUUCUCUCCCGAGUACCCAAGAAGCGACAGCAGCCCACAGUUUGACGCAACUGACAAGAAGAUUAUAAUUGGAGAUGUCUCAAUAGACCGUAAUAUUCAGAAAGGUUUUAAAAAUAGACGUUCACUUGAAACCAAUUUGCAGGUUCUUAGAAAUCAAUUACCAACACUCAAAGCGCUAGCGCAAAGUGUCAAAAUGAACUGGCUCUCAAUAUUAGUAGGACCCACGGCUACUGGCAAAAGCAGUAUCGUUCAAGUGCUAGCCGAUUUGACGGGCAAUGACCUCCAAGUUUUACCAGUAACGUCCGCCAUGGACGUAUCAGAUUUACUCGGUGGAUUUGAACAAGUGGAUUACAAUAGAAAUCUCGAAACUUUGUACGACCAAAUAGAAACUAUUACUAUAGAGACUGUGCGCAACAUGUGGCUAACUCAGCCAAAUAAAGACUGGAAGUUGAAUAAACUCAUGAGCCAACUGAAUCAAUACAAGACUCUACAAUCCGCUAACAAUAGCUAUGAAGCGGAUACACAGAACUUCAACGAAAAAAUCAAAUUCGUAAUAAAUCACUGUCAGAAUCUUCUAGAAUAUAACAAGAAAUUUGACACUACUCGAAAUAUGAUAGAAGAAAUUGUAGCCAAAUUGAACAACUUGAAAACUAAAGUGUCUAAGCUCACAUCAGUGAAUGCGGGUGGUAAAUUUGAAUGGAUAGAUUCACUCCUUGUUCGGUCUUUGAUUAACGGUUCCUGGCUGCUUCUAGAUAAUGUAAAUUUGACCUCGGCGGCAGUUUUAGACCGACUGAACGGACUGUUAGAACCUAAUGGAGUGUUGAGCAUACCUGAAAGAGGGGAGAUGAGCGAAAUUGUUCCUCAUCCCAACUUCAGGGUAUUUUUCACCAUGGACCCGAAAUACGGAGAGAUUUCGAGGGCGAUGAGAAAUAGAGGCGUCGAAAUUUUCUUACUAAGGUCUGAUGACUAUGAUGCGAGCUUAACACAGACUGUGUCUUACAUGGAUUUGACUGCUCUGUUAUCGUCGUGUGGUUUGCCAAAUCAUUAUCAUGAAAUAGUUAUUAACUGCCAUGAAUUAAUGACAUCAUUCAUACAAGGUUUAGAACGCCCUACGAUCUCCCACUUGCUCCAAGCUGCCUAUCUUACAUGGCAACAAAUAGUUCGAGGCGUUUCCCACAAGGUGGCGCUGGUUAACAGCUUUUCGGAUGUCUACAUUAAACCGAGAUGCGGAGGCGAUUUCACCUCCAAUAUCAACGCGUCCCUGGCCGAAAUGAAAAAUAAUAUGUUAAAGGCUUUAGAAGAAAAAAUAAGCGAAGAAGAAUAUAAACCGGUUGAAACAAAAGACACCAGCCAUACGCUGACUGUUAAAGGCUUAUGCUCGAAUUCGACAAACGAAAUCGCAAAACAAGUAGCGUAUCCUGCAAUCCAACAAUCAACACAUAAAGGAGCAGACUUAGCAUUAUUAGCAAGCAUUUUUAUCACGUACCAAAAAUGCACCGAGGAAAGCAUUCACAUAUUACAUGCUUUAAUACAAGAAAUCUUAAAACACAAGUACAAUGGGAACGAAGAUUUAACUAGUCUGUUCAAUGAAGCCGCAUUAGCUGCUGGAAAAGCUUUGAAGAGUCAUUCAGAAUCAUCCAGUAGGUUUUACCCAGAAUCCCAACUCAUUGAUGAAAACGAAAUCUCAGAAGCUAAUAUAAAGUCGGUAACCCUUUACGAUGAGCUGUGGAAGACUUUAAAUAAAAGGAACUUGCCUGAAAGCAAUUUUUCGGCCAUCGAUUAUUCCAAGGCGGUAGCAACCGGAGCAUUGACCGAUGACUUCGUUGAAUAUCCCAUUCUAAAACACUGCAAAAAAUACACGGAAAUAAUUGACGAGUAUUUUAGAAAAAUUAUGAAAGAAGCACACGAUUCUUUGGUUAUUCUCGAUGAUGCAGCGUGUAAAAUAAUUCAUAUUUUGAGUUGGAGGAACCGAUUCUUAAAAGCGUGUUCGCUGCCAAUAUUUUUGAUGAAGAAAAACAAAAGAACGCCGUUGUUGAAAGAAGAAAUAGUGCCCCUGCUUUACAUGCACAGUAAAUGGGUUCAGAAACAUUUGAUGGGACAACUUUUCGACAUGUUGCCGCCAAAACAUAUUCUUCGAGAACGGUUUGAAAGAGAAACUAAGGCGAUGUUGUAUAAUGACCAGGAUAAUACUGACAUUGCGAAACUGAGCAAGAAAUUGCGAAAGGUCAAAGGUCAGCCUAAAUUAUAUGAAAAUGAGGAUGAGUUUGACUUAGCUGUGGCUAGAACUGAUGUUUAUAAACAAGUGACUUUAGAUAUGAGUCAGUCUAUUGAAGCACAGGCUUCGAAGCUUUAUCUAGACGCGAGCUCGUCAACAGACAUAAGUUUGUCACUAGACAUUCCCGAUAGCACAGCUUUGACAACAAUACAGGAAAAUGUCACAAAAAUUCUAGAAGCGUCCAAAAAUGCUAAAGUGGGCUUAGAAGUCAAACUACUGCCUAUAAACGUAUAUGUCAUUCAAAGAGUAUUAAACGGAUUGAAGAUACAUUUCAUAGAUCUGAUCUACAAGCUGUCUCAAGGAGACAAUAUAAAAGUAGAAAAAGUGCAAGAUUUCAUUGCCAUUUUAACAAACUUGACGAGCUUGGCGAAACUGACCAAAGGAUUUCCUCCAGCGCUCAUAAAUCUUCUACAGAUUGUAGAAAAAUUGUGCAUUGGAAAUCAGGACAUGUUAAGCCUCAGGAUCUCAUCACUCCCUGCAAAAUUCUGGGACGAAUUAUACAAGGCGCUGGUCUAUUCACCAGCACUGUAUCCACUAUUGUUCCUCAAAGCCUACAAUUCUAAUCCUGAAGAAGAUUUGGAAUUGAUUCCGAUCAAUACAAAGAGAGUGUCCUCGAAUCUCCCACUGUUGCCUUAUUAUGUGCAGAAGCUGACUACGGUGGAGAACUCAGGUUCACGUCAUUUACUAGCGUAUGAAACAGUAGCGCUGCAAGAUAGAGAGGAAUAUUCGAAACUACUGGGCACAUUGCUUAACGUUGUAUGGAAAAACAUUGCCACUUUGGGCACCACUACUUCUAUAAAAAUAAAAACCGACGCUUUAUUCGAAAUGCGGAAAUACGAGCAGUUGAUGUUCUUCUUGCAAUCGAUAAUAUUCUCAAAACAAUCAGACAAGACGUAUGCGACCCUGCAAGAUUAUUUAAAAGACCACCCCACGCUAACCGAAAUGAUUGGAGAAACCAACAGGGUAUUUAUAACACUACAGCAAAGUGUCAACAGAUCCCAAAUCUUUUAUUGAAAAACCAAGAUAAAAGUUCUAACGGCAGAGCUCUCGCUAUUAACAGGUCUGAUCAUCGUCAAAAUAAUGUCCGAAGUCAACCCAGUAGACCAAGUAGAAAAGUACAAGCUAAAAGUGAAAUACAUAGAAGAGGAUAUAGAAAUAUUUGAAGCGCUACUAAGCGGUUACUACAUGCAUGGACUCGUAUCUGGCAGUAUUUCUGAAAACAGACUAGUUGAAAAAGCUUCUGAUGUAUCAGUUGAUAGUUUUGAGAUAAACAGUGAGAAGAGGGAGGGAUUGGAAAAAGUACACCCCUACUGCUCUAUUUUAUUGGAGCUGAGAGAGAGCAUUGGGGCUAAGAUACAUAAGUAUGCUGAAGGGAAUACCUUUAGGCCGAAGGAACCGUCGUAUAACGUGUUUGCCAAGGAUUGCCGACACUUCGCAAAAUCAGUGCUUUCUCCUAAAUCGAUAGCAGAUCUGUCAACAAACUUACGAAGAACUUGUAACGAACUAUUACAAAUCUUACAAACCAAUAUACCCAACAAGACAACUAUGUUACAAGCCCAGACCAUCUUAAAAGAGACCGCAUCCUGGUUGUAUUCAGUGAACGCGUUUUAUAAGAAGAUCGAAUCGUCUUAUUCCGAUGCCUUCCCAGAUUUGGCGAAACCACUGCAGAGUUCUGUAUCAGAAGUUAUCCACAGCGUAACAUCGUUGAGCGAUCUAAUAAGAGAAUUGGUGACUAAAAUCGAGCAGGGGCCGAUUCUAAACGAAGUGAUCAGUGACUUGAUGGUGUAUCCGAACGAUAUUCCAAAUAAAGAUGAAAAGGAGAAGUUUUUGAAUAGAUUCGUGACAUCCAGUGUUAUGCAGUUGUUGAGCAGAAAUAUCUUAGCGGCGGAAGGUGACACGUUUGAUGUUGAAACUGAGUGUAUGGAAAUUCUAAAAAUGAAUCUAUCCGAGAUCAAAAUGUACUGCACUGCCGCCGAGCGUGCGGACCGCACGGCUGUCAACAGCGUAAUGACGACUCUGGACAGCAUCGUCAAGACCUGGGAGAAACAGCAGAGAGAUAUCGAGAAGAAAAAACAGGAGGACGAAGCGUUAUAUGUCACCAAAUCAAAAUGCGAAGAUGUGGACGAAGAGACAGAAGCGUACCAAGAAAUACUAGAAAUGUUCCCAUCCUACUCCGACCACGAUUUUGCCGAAUUCAAAGCACCAACUUUAGAACAAAAGAAACUCAAACCGCCGACGGACAAAAAGCCGAGACAUCUCAUAAGUUCCGAAGACGUUUCUCUCAUUUACAAAUGGCAUUCAAACUUCGUUCGAAAUUUGACUUCCGCCGAAUGGUUACCUUCUCCGAAGAGGAUGGUAGGGAAUAACGUUAUCAGUCCGUUGGUGCAGAGGUAUCCGAUAUUUAGCCGGGUUAUGUCGAAUGCCUGGGAGGCGUUGGAUGCUGAAUUGAAGGCGAUGACACCGGGCGUGAUGGUGCUUAUUUCUCAGAUUAAGGAGAAAAUUGAUGGUAUUGAGUCCAACAACCAUAAGAUUGACUUUUACCAUUCCCCAUGGGUAUCGGAAACUAGACAAUGCCUACCACUUUUGCGACGAGUCAAGAGCACAAAUGCGUUGCUAGACCAAUGGCCAGACUUCCCCACACUAAAAGACAUAAUCGUAAUAGUGGACAGAAUACUAAACUUCCCCGUAACCAGUCCCGUGUCCCGUUUUCUGACCGGGUUGGAGUUGCUUCGCGAUAAGAUCGAGGAGUGGAACAAAAACGCGCAUAAGGGGAACAAUAUGAUCGACAUAUCGCUGGAGGUUGGCCAGCAGAUCAUUAACUGGAGGAAACUGGAGAUGGGGCAUUGGAAGGAGUGCCUUAACAAUUUGUAUCACAGGAAACAAUCCGAAGCCCACAAAUACUGGUUCUACGUAUACUCUGUCAUCAACUCGUACCUGGACGAGAGUGCAGACCCUGUCCCAGCAGAGAGGGUCAUCAAAGUCCUGAAGGACUUCAUGGAGACCUCAAACCUGGCGGAAUAUGAAGUGAGGCUGGAUAUACUGUAUGUGUAUCACUGCCAUCUUGUGCACUUUGAAAGGAGUCAGAGGAGAGAUGAACUACUAUCCAUCUUCUGGAACACAUACAACUACUACGCUCAAUUCGCGCCUCAAGUCGCCGCGCAAAUAAAAGAAAAACGGGCGCCUAUCGAGAAAAAACUUCGAGACUUCGUGAAGAUCUGUUCGUGGGACCGGGACCUUAGCUACUGGAGCGUUAAGGAUACGGUGGAUAAAGCACACAAGGCUUUGCAUAAGCAUACUAAAGAGUUUGAGAACGUGCUGAAAGAAAGCGUGCUAUCAUGCUUAGUUGACAAGUCAAGCGAUUCAGGGACCGACCACGUGGGAAUAUGGGACCGGCCGAAACGAACUACUGGCGUCAACCCGACCGGCGGCGCUUACAUGAUCGACACACAGAACUUUGUGGUCAUGGCUAGAAAUAUUAAGAAAUACCUGGACCAAUCAGAACAGCCGUGCGCAGCGAUUGCCGACGGUAGCCUACUGUCGAAGAUACCAAGUCUGCUGAACAAAGCCAAGCUGUUGUGUAAAGAGACGUUGAACAACGCCAGCUAUCCUUCGCUAGUUCAGGCCUUGGAUGACUUCGUUACAGUUGUUAUUGAGACGAGCACACAUCUUGGCUCAUUGGAGGUCGACGCAACACUUCCCAAAGACAAACAGACAUCUCAAGCCAAGAACAUCGUGCAGCAGAAACGCAAGGCCGUCGCCGACCUGUUCAAGGCCCUCAGCAAGAUUGGUUUGAACUACCGUACGGGGCUGGUUAUCCUGGCGGCGGCUGAGCAGGAGCUAUAUGAUUUUACGAUAGCCCCUGUUGAUUUGGACGCGGCUAUGAGCUAUUUGAAGAACAGACGGUGUGAUGCUUCCCUGAGCCUACUAUGGUCUGGCUGCGAAAAGUACUUCCACAAGAAUAUAGCGCGCCACAGGACUCUGUCUGCGGCCCUACUGACUCCUCACCAAGAUCUAGGCAUACAGAACAUUGAACGGUGCAAAGGAUUUGCGGCACAGUUAUUGAAAAUGACAAACUCUCAAAAGAAGUCCAUAUCAAAGUACUCCAGACAUCUCUAUGACUUACGGACACUAACAACAAACCUCACAUCUGUGCUAGAUGUUGACUCCACUGACGUGAAUAUUACCACUCUAAACGAAAAACUGAAGACCCUAAUUGAAUGCUACGCUAAUGCUAGCAUUUUACUCGACCAGUUUAGUGUGCUUAUAAAAUCCUGCCCAGAGAAAGAACUUAGAGCAGAAUAUGAGCCUGAGUUCGAUUCCGUUCUCUCACAAUCUCCAAUAGUACGCUGCUUCAAAAACAGCGACGAAUGGCAUGCGUUAUACAAAAAGAUAAAAAGCGUCAUAUCAAUCGUUGAUAAACAAAAGACGGCUUUACACAAACUAUCAAACACAAUGCCCAAAGAACUUGGAAGCGACUUUGGCCCUCUACCAAAUGUUUCGCAAAGUCAUAUAGACGUCACCAAUGAUGCUAAAGCUAAUCUGGAAAGCAUACAAGAAGAAUUGGACAGUGUUUUAACAGAAUAUCAUUUCAAAUUACAAUCCACUGUAAUAACGGAUGAGACACCUGAACAUCCUAUACUAAAGAGUAUCGCUAAUUUGUCAAGAUAUGUAAAAGAAACUUUGGAACAACUAGAUACUUAUGACGAACCAGCUCACGUUUCCAUGGAAGACACAGAAAACAAAAAGACUGAAUUAAUAAGUAAGACUGAAGAUUUAGUAGCCACAAUGCUACUCAUAAUUCAGUCAUUGUACAAAAAACAUUUACCAGAAGAUAAAUCAAACGUAGAUUUGCUAAAUGCGAUAGAUGAAAUAAUAGAAAAUGGCGAAAAAGACAAGGAGCAAUCAAACGAAAUCCUAGAAGAUAAUCAUUUGAAAGAACUUUUACAGGAUAAACUAUCAAGUGAUGCCAGGUCUCUAAAACUUGAAGCUUUGGUGACCAAAAUUAAUAAUUUGUUGAGGAAUUAUGUAGGAUUUAUAUCGACAACAGACCAAGUAGAAGAAGUAAAGAGUGUGGUUAUGAGGUUGGUCCCAAUAUUGGAGCAAACUGUGUUGUUCGUGCAAUACUUCGUCACGCAGAAAGUGGCCGUGCACAGAGUUUCGUGUAAGAUGCUAUCGGUGCUGUUGAAGAUUUUCUCCGACUUAGCAACGAAAGGAUUCUGUAAGCCGUCUGAUAUGGAUAUGGAAGAUGGGGAAGGUGAGGGUGGUCCAGGGAAGCUUACUGGAGGCACCGGAUUGGGCGAUGGCGAGGGACAGAAAGAUGUUUCCGAAAGAAUCGAAAAUCAGGAUCAACUGGACGACGCUCAGCGUCCAGGCGAAGAGAAAAAGGAAGAGGAAAGAGACUGUAAAGAAGAGGAAAAGGGAGUCAAUAUGACUGACGACUUCGAUUCCCACCUGCAGGAUGUCGAACAAAAAGAAGGGGAUUCAGAUCAAGAUGACGAUGAGGACGAUGCUGACAAACAAAUGGGAGAUACGGACAAUGCAGCCGAAAAACUAGAUCAACAAAUAUGGGGCUCAGAAGACGAAGAUAUCGACGAGGAACAAAACGAUAAGAAAGACAAAGAAGAAAAGGGUAAGGGAGAAAGCACGGGCGAGAAAGAGAUGGGUGCUAAGGAGGAGGAACAAGGACAGGACGAUGGGAGUCAAGGGAAAGAGAAAAAGAAGAAAGAUAUCAAUGAAAUGCAGGAGCCGGAAAUUGACGAUGAUCAGGUGGAUCCAUUCCAUGGCAACCAACAACCUCUACCGGAACCUGAGGAUUUUGAUCUUCCCGACAACAUGGAUGUAGAUGGCGAUGAAGCGGGCGAUGAUAAAGACGGUGAAACUGAAACAGAGAAUCCGUUCGACAUCGACGUGAUGAAAGAGAACAUUCCAGAGGAGCCAGAGGAGGAACAGAAAGAGAAGGAUAACACCGGGUUGGAGGUGUCCAGUGAUGAGGAGGGGGACGAACAUGAAAAGGGGGAAGAUGGACAGGAUAAAGAGGAUUCACAAGAUAAAGAAGAAGGUAAAGACGAGCAACCACAAACGGAAGACAAUAAAGACGAAGACCCCACAGAAAACGAUCAAACCGAAAAUCCCGAGAUGGAAACAGAAGAAAAUCAACCAGAACAAGACCAACCGGAUCCCGAAAAACCAGAAGAACUUCCCACCAAUCCUGAUAAGAUAAAUGAAGAAGACCAGUUGGAAGAAAAGAAGGAAGCUAAACCACAAGCUGAUCCGUCGACUAAUGACCCCGCGGCUGGUGAGAAGGCGGAAAACGCCGAGGUUGAGCGAGGGACUGAUGAUAACGUGGAGACUAAUGCGGAACAAAAGAAAGAUGAGGAUUCCGCACCUUUUGAGCAAGCCCAAGAGCAAGUUGGCGAGGACAGACAGUCAACCGGUCGCGCAGAACUAGAUAAGAGCGACAAGGGGCAUCGCGGCGAAAAGCAGGCGGCCAGUCGCUCCAACCAGGCGCAGGAACAAAACAAGAGAAAGGAAAACAAGCCGGGACAGACGGACCAGGAGAGGACACUGGGUGACGUAAACGAGGAUAAGAAGAAAUCUCGUACUCUGAACGUGGAACGCGAAGAGGAGGCGGAAGACGGAGCUGCGGAUGACGAGGAUGGAGAAAAGGAUGCCGACGCGUUCCAGCACGUCAAACAGGCUAAGAAGGACGACUUGCAGGUGGUAGAUGCUGCUACAAAAGAGCAGGCAGAUCAGCAACCGACACUGCAACAAGAGGACGAAGACGCAGAAACUAUGAAAGACGAUGAAGAAGUCGCUAUGGACGUCGAUGAUGAUGAUUUGGAGGUGGAAAAGUCUGAAGAAAUCAAGUCCGAAAAAGUGAAAGGCACCGAUAAAGAAAAAGACAAGUCAGGAAAUAAGAAAGACGGAGGUGAUGACCCUACCGGCGAGACUGGCAUCGAAGUGGAGGGGGAGGGAGUGGUCACCACCACUGUGCCGAGAGGACUGGAUACUACUUACCACACUAGGCUAGAAGAUGUAACUCAACACACCGACGAUAUGUCUCUCGAAGAAUACAUGAGUAUCCGCUCUUGGCUAACCAGCGGGAGGACAAGCGGAGCGGGCGCGGAGAACGCGUGGCGAUCGCUGUGGCGGCGGAGCGCCGGAGCGGCUAGUCGCUUGUGUGAGCGGCUGCGACUUGUGCUUGAGCCUACUGCGAGAUCUAGGAGGGCUGGUGACUUCCGAACGGGCCGCGCCAUCAACAUGCGUCGCGUCAUCCCCUACAUCGCGUCACACUUCCGCAAGGACCGCAUCUGGCUACGCCGCACCAAACCCGCAAGACGCGAGUACAAGAUCGCUAUAGCUGUGGACGACUCGAGUUCUAUGGCGGAUAAUAGGAGCAAAGAGCUUGCUUUUGAGAGCUUGGCGCUAGUUUCACAGGCUCUAAACCUUCUCGAAUCCGGCGACCUCGCAGUGCUAAGCUUCGGCGAGAAACCGAACUUACUCCAUCCAUUCACCGAACAGUUUUCCGAACACUCCGGCUCCAAGAUCCUUGAGCAACUCCGCUUCGAACAGACGAAGACCAAGAUCGCUCAACUGCUAGACUUCUGUACAGUUAUGUUUGAAGAGCAAAGCGUGAGAAGUGACGCCCCGAACGCGAAGCUACUGGUGGUAGUGAGUGACGGGAGAGGCAUAUUCUCGGAGGGGGAGGCGAGAGUGCUGCAGGCUGUGCGGAGGGCGAGGCAGCAGGGCAUAUUCUUGGUCUACGUUAUCAUUGACAAUCCGGAUAAUAAGGACUCUAUAAUGGAUAUCCGCCGACCACUUCUCGACCCAGCGACCAAUACACUAACCGGCUUCGUGCAGUAUCUGGAUACGUUCCUGUUCCCCUUCUACCUCAUACUUCGGGACAUAUCAGCUUUGCCUAAUGUUCUAGGCGACGCGUUGAGACAGUGGUUUGAACUGGCCGUCAAUACUAGUUAGUGAAUGAGUUCACUGGAUUUCGAAAAGUUUCUAUAUAUCCAGCCGAUAUAUAUGAUCAGUUAAAAUUGUGAUUACAAUGUUUGUUUCGAAAAGCUCGGUAGAGUAUUCUCUAUUUUCUUAUGCCAAUAUACACCCUGAAUUAUGGUUCUAAUCCCGACGCCAUAAAAUUCAGAUUUGGGACUUUCGCUGUUACCCUAUUAUGUUUUUGGAGAUUUAUGUAGCUUCCCUCUUAAUAUGCUACACGGCAUUCACGACGGCAAGUUUUUUUGUUAUUAUUAAUCAUAUCUCGCUGAGAAAUAUUGAACGUCGCGUAGUGUCAGUCAUGCAUUGAAUAGAUAAGUUCUCGAAACAAAUAUACAUAUAAAUAAGGAAUAAGGGUACUCUCCUAAAACAUUUUGACAUUUAUUUCGAAGCUAUAUAAGGCUUCUAAUGAAAUAAAAAUAAUACCUAGGUUUAAGGAAGCAUGACUCUUCGAAAAGCUAUUAGUAUAGAAAUGUGAUUAUUGAGGGAGGCAAAUUAAUCAGAAGUGGAGAAAACUUAUGAAAAUUAUGUUAAAUUUGUUGAUUGAUUAUGUUGUAAAAUGAUAUUGUUUUUGGUGGAUAAGGCAAUGACUAUAGAGAUAAGAUAGAGUAUAGAUAAACAGAGAUAGUGAAGAUAUGCAAUGUGACUUGUUAAUCUUAGACAGCUUGAAUAGAAAGUAUGCUGGGCAUAUAAAGAAGUCAAUUUAUUUUCUUUGUUAUGUUGAUAAUAAUAAUAUUUGCAGAAUAUCA